AUGCCCGGUCUCGCUGCAUUCCAGGCUUACUUGAGCUGUUUAGCCUGCGUGACUGCUGCCCAAUAUACACCUCCAUCCUCUUACAACGUCACAACCCUGACUGCGUCCAACAACGCCUCUGUUCUGCAAUGCUGGUCUAUACAACCUGGCUUUAGCACGUCAAGUCAGCCUGGUAUUUCAGGAUCCGCAGUCGUGAGCAUUGGUACGUUGAAUUCGACAACAAAUGCAACCUUAUCUGUCCUCCCAGGAAAUUUUAAUGGCGGGCAACAUCACGCGCCGGCCGCGCAAUGGGUUUUCUUCUUGUCGGGUGUGGCACACAUCACUCUCCCUCAUUCCUCGGAUGAGGCAUACAUUGUCGGUGGUAAGCACGGUGGCAUUCUGGCCCUAGAUACAGCCGAUGUCAGUGUUGAUGGUCAUUUUACUGUGUAUCCGACAAACGAGGUAACGACGUCUCUCGAACUUCAGCUGGAGAAUGGCAUAGCACCACCACAUGUAUCGCUGCAUGACGGACCUUGCACUGCCGAAGAGCAGAAUUAUUAG